AUGGGGCUCAUCCUGCCCAUCUCGUGGCAUCGUGCCGUGUCCAGCCCCGAGGCCUCGGUGAUAACGGGGCAGAGGAGCUCAGCGGCUUUCAGGCUGCGGCUGUUAAUCUUCCUCAACCUCCGUAUCAUGCCGGUUAUGGGAGGCGCGGGCCGGGGCGGGAGUUUGCCGGCUGCUGUGAACCCGUGCACCUCCCCACGGGUGCCCCAAACCGCGCCCAUGGACCUGCGGAUCGGGCAGCGUGUCGUCAAGCCCGGCUCUGACACCACCUUGCUGGCUCUGAAGCACACGCAGCAGCUGCAGCACCAGCUCUUCCUCGCCAGCCUGCACCAGCAGCAAGUGGAGCAGCUCGCCCACCAGCACGUGAGGGUCACCAUGGAGUCCCCACACCGUGAAGCUGAGCCUGGGCAACAGGAGCAGGAGCUGCGGCAGAUCCUCAACAAGGACAAGAGCAAGCGAAGUGCUGUGGCCAGCACAGUGGUGAAGCAGAAGCUGGCUGAGGUCAUCCUGAAGAAGCAGCAGGCAGCUUUGGAGAGGACCAGCAAUCCCAACCCUUCAGCCAUGCCAUACAGGUCUCUGGAGCCUCUGGAUCCCGAGGGCCCUUCCCCUCCUGUGCUCAGCACCUUCCUGCCCCCUGUCCCCAGCACUUCUCUUGACCCCCCAGAGCAUUUUCCGCUGCGGAAGACAGCGUCUGAGCCCAACCUGAAGGUGCGUUGCAAGCCCAGGAAGUGCCUUGACCGACGCAAGAAUCCCCUGACGCGGAAGGAGAGCGCUCCCCCCUCGCUGAAGAGGCGGCCGCCCGAGGCGAUCGACUCCUCCCCGAGCAGUAGCAGCACUCCUGUGUCUGGCUGCAGCUCUCCCAACGACAGCCUCCCCGCCGAGCACGGAGCCCUCCCCGCUGCCUCCGGCAUGGCCCACGAGACGCCCCUGGCCCAGCGCCUGAUGAUGCAGGAGAGCUCACUGGCACAGUUUGCCCUGCAGAGUGCAGCCUCCCUUCCGGCCAUCACGCUGGGAUUGCCGGCUACCACUAGCGCCAGGGGAGAGGCAGAUCGCCGCCCCCUCUCCAGCCUGGCACACCGGGUGCCUGUGCUGAACGGACCUGUCCUCACGGGCACACACUCGCCCAUGUUCAUACCAGCUGGCUUGGAGCAGCACGAGGCUGGGAGCCCCUUGUCCCCUCGGCUCCAGCCUGUCAUCAUCCUCGAGCCCUCGGUCACCCACACUCCGCUGGUGGCGGUGCCAGGUCUGGGAACGGUCCCCUUCUCCUUCGCCCCCUCACUCAUCUCGGCAGAGCGCCUGUCGCUCCCAGGCCACCAUAAACCGCUGGGCAGGACCCGCUCGGAGCCCCUGCCCCAGAACCCCAAGGCCAUCCAGCAGCAACUGGUGUACCAGCAGCAUCACACUCAGUUCCUGGAGAGACUCAAGCAGCAGACGCAUCUGGGCAAGCGCAUGGCUAAAUCCAGCGAGAAGCCCCGUCUGCGGCAGAUCCCCUCCUCGGAGGACAUGGAGGCUGAGGGGACGCUUCCAGAGGCCGGGGCUGAGAGCAGUGACCCAGCGAGGGCACGCGUGGAGCCCACACGGGCGGGGAGCAGUGUGAAGGAGCCCGAGAGGACGCAGAAGAUGAUGCAGCCUCAAGAGGAGCUUGUCCUACAGCAGGCCUAUCUCUGGGAUUCCUACCAGCGCGUGCAGCAGCAGCUCCUCAAGCGGCAGCCCUUGGCCGACUCCCCCAUGGUCCCCACCAUCCAUGCGGGGCACAGGCCCCUCUCCAGGGCCCAGUCAUCCCCUGCCACCGCGACCGUCUCCCUUCCUGCCCAGGACACGGCCUCCAAGACGCUCUCCCUGCCUGUGCAGGAGCAGCCAGCCAAGCCGCACUUCACAACAGGGCUGGUUUACGACUCGGUGAUGCUCAAACACCAGUGUUCGUGCGGUGACAACAGCAACCACCCAGAGCAUGCGGGCAGGAUCCAGAGCAUCUGGUCCCGUCUGCAGGAGAGAGGGCUGCGCAGCCAGUGCGAGUGUCUGCGGGGACGCAAGGCCACCCUGGAAGAGCUGCAGUGUGUCCAUACCGAGCGCCACGUCUUCCUCUACGGCACCAAUCCCCUCAACCGCCUGAAACUGGACAACGGGAAGCUGGCAGGGAUCCUGUCGCAGCGGAUGUUUGUCAUGCUGCCCUGCGGAGGGGUGGGGGUAAGUGCUCAAUCUCAGCUCUG